GUAUCACUAGAUUUCUGCACCACUCAUCAAAACUCUGCGGCAUGCAGACAAGAGCUGGGGGGAGGGCAUAUUCUAGGUCUGUGCUGGAGUGUAUAGGACCGCUUUCUCUUUCUGUUACCAUCCAUCUUUCUGUUCUCAGAUAGACCACAGUAGCGUGUUUGCCUUGAUUUCCAUUCAUUUCGUGCGCUGUUUAAUUGCUUCUCAUAUAGCCUCGGUGCUUAAUUGCUAACAACCCGCCGCUUUAUUGCAUUAGGCCGCGUUUAUUUACAGCUUGGGGAUCCAAACUUGUAAGACAAAAUGUCAAAGGAUGGAGACAACGGGUGGAAGGAGUCUGUAUGGAACCCGAGGACGAGGGAGUUCCUGGGCAGGACGGCCAGCAGCUGGGGUCUUAUUCUUCUCUUCUAUUUAGUUUUCUACAUCUUCCUGGCCGGCAUGUUUUGCCUCACCAUGUACGUCAUGCUGCAGACCUUGGAUGACCACAAGCCGAAAUGGCAGGACAGGCUCUCCACGCCAGGUAUGGUGAUUAGACCCAAAGCAGAUGAGUACUACGAGAUCACCUACAACACCCAGAAAACCGAGAGCUGGGACAUGUACGCUCAGACUUUGGACAAGUUCCUGUCGCCCUACAACAACACGGCCCAAGUGGAGAAGAACAACGAGUGCAAACCGGACGAGUACUUCAAGCAGGAGGAUAGCGGCGAUGUGAAGAACAACCCCAAGCGCUCGUGUCAGUUCAACCGCACCAUCCUCGAUGAGUGCUCUGGAAUCACUGACCGUUACUAUGGAUACCAGGGAGGCCAGCCGUGCAUCAUCAUCAAGCUAAACCGGGUGAUCGGGAUGCUGCCAGGAAAAGAUGGACAGGCUCCGUUUGUCACCUGUGGCGCAAAGAAAGAAGACACUGAAAAGAUUGGCGAGUUGCAGUACUUCCCUCCCAAUGGCACUUUCAACCUUAUGUACUACCCUUACUAUGGCAAGAAAGCUCAGGUGAACUACUCCCAGCCUUUAGUUGCCGUCAAGUUCCUCAACAUCACUACCAAUGAAGACGUCAACAUCGAGUGCAGGAUCAACGCCAACAACAUUCCCACUGGAAGUGAAAGAGACAAGUGGGCCGGAAGAGUGUCUUUCAAGCUGAGGAUCAACACUAUAUAGGUUGACCUUUUUGUUGUUUCUCUCCUGAAAAACCAAUUUCUUCAUUUUCUGCAACAUUGCACAUACACAGAAACAAAUCUCAGUAUUCACACCCUUUGUAGAAUUUGUUUACAACCCCUUCCUCCCCAAAAACAACUUCUGGGCGGGGAAAUUGUUUGUCCAGUUUUGUGAUGAGAUGGGGCGAGAAUAAAAGGGUGGUAAUCCUGUCAUUAUUUCUGUCUGUGAGCUUUGGGAUGAAUUCUUUUCUGUAAAUUAGUUUGAGGUGACGUCUAUUUAUACUGCAUGACAAACUAGGGGAUGUAAAGAAUGUGAACAUGUGUUUUCAAAGUUUGCAAAGGAUCAGCAACAUUAACACUUUACUGCUGCCCCCCUCCUGCUGCCUCCUUAUAGAGUACCCCUCUCUAUACCAAUAUACACAAAUUACAAUACAAAAUGUGUAUAUCUACAGUAUUUAUACGGUAUCAUAACCUUAUAUUAGUACGUCUAUUUUGUUGCACUUAAAAGAAUAAUCCGACAGACUCGUGUAUAUCGGGUGGAUGCAGAGAUGAAGCCAUUUUGCAUGUGUGUAUUGUCUUAAGUGUGCUACGAGGGCAGGAGGCCCCUACGUCUCACCACCUCUCUGCUAAGUGUGAACUAAGGUUAAAAAAAAAAACACCAACCACCAGGAGGGGCCACACUGUAAUCUACUAAACCCUUACACACAGCAAGUGUGUGUUUCGCUAACAACAUACUGUAAGAUACGCAUCUCCAACAUUAAAAAAAGAAUGGAGUUACAGGAGAGGUUAAAACCUUUAAGAGUGCGUGUGUUUGUGCAUGUGUGUGUGUGCGUGCGUGUGUGUGUGUGUGUGUGCUCCAUUCACGGGUCCCAUUUCAUACUGUAGGUCGGGAAGUUGCAUGCAAUGUGCAAUAUUCAUUAAGUGGCAUACAUUAUGAAUGCUUGAGUCCAUUCUACGGAUGAGAGGACUUCCAUUGAAUGAUCAUUAUUUUGGAUCAUUUGAUAUUCAUACUGGUUGUUUGACCUUUCUGAAACAGGAGUGUGUUCACGUUUGUGUCGCUUGGAGCGUUCAUAUUAACCACGAAAGGAGACAUCAAUGUUUCACAUGUCUUACAGGAUCCUCGUAGUUUGAGAAAAAACUAACAAUCCCUCCGAUCCGACCACCUGAAUAUCAAAUGAAAUCACAUCAACACAUUCCUUUACCGUCAUUUUAUUCCUAAAGCUAAACCAAGAGCCAUUUUAUUGUGUCUCUAUUUUGAUUUUGAAUAUUUAGAAAGGUCUUUUUUUUGUGCGUGUAUUGCAUCUAUUUCAUAUGUAUCAGAAAUAGAUGCGAUUGUCAUUUUGUAUUGAUUUACACUGCAAGUGUGCUUUGAAUUCAUUGUUGUACAGUUUUGGAGGAUGUAGAAGUUUGUGUUUUGUUCCCUUUUUUCUUUCAAUCACACCCAUUAUCAUCCUCUAAAAUAUCAUCCAGGGUAUCGAAAUGUAUAGUUUACAAAUUCCGUUAUUGGUGACUAGAGUCUUGAAUAAUAUGUGAGUUGGUAGUUUUGUUUUAUAGUCCUGUAGGGAAAUGGACACACUGGAGAUCUCCUUCCUAGAGGGGGAUGCUUUUUCCUUUUAUUUGUUCCCCCCCUCCCCCCCUCCCCCCCCCCCCCGCCUGUAUGAAUCAGUCUGACGGCAUAAUGAUAACUAGACGACCAGUUUAUAAACCACCAUGUUGGAAAAGCAUAGAUGAAGCCUGAAUAUGGUGCUGUUUACUCGACGUGCAUUCAUUCAGUGUGCGGUAAAGGCUAUUGUAAGAGACACCUGCACAUGUUGGCGGGCUAAAUCUGUGCAGUCACGUUUUGAAGUUCGGUCACUUUAAUUCGGCUACAGAUUGCAGCAAUCCUGCAAAUGUGGAACAGGCAUCUGUUCACUCACAUUAAGGCCUGGCUCCACUCCACCAUUCCUCUCAGAGCAAUGUGUUCCUCUCGUAAAUAUCUCUGGAGUAGGAAGUCAUUAUAUAAGAGACACAGAUCUGUUAUUGUCUGAAAGGUUAUUUAUAAUGAGGGGUGUGUACCACCACUCAACUGAGGCUCUCUUGUCUCUGACUAUCCACUGACAUGUAGUUCUCCUCUGGCAUUCCUGCUACACUUACUUAAUGUCACUGUAAUCUCUUAAUCUGGUGAGCUAAUCCGGAGCAGGCACGCUCCACUUCUUUACCCUACUUUGUCGCUCCUCCCCCUCAUGUCAAAGGAUUCUGCAACAUUUUGUGUCAAUUCAAUCUCUAUUUACCCCCAAUCAUUCUUAAAUUCAUCUAAAAAUAAAUGCGUCAUUGCUGAUUUGGACAUUGUGUUUUUACUCAUGUGCAUGUGAAGAUUAGCUCUUCAACCAAAGAUCUUCAUCAAAAUUUGAUUUAUUUGCAAUCACACAUCCUCUGCAGAGAUAGGGUUCAGGUGGAGGGAUUAACACCCCGUGUAAUAUAAGAAAGGCCUGCUCUUAUAUCAUAAUAAUAAUAAUAAUAAUAGUAAUAUGCACCAAAGCAACGUGUCUCGCUGCAACAUAACAGUGCCUCCUGGUGGACAGACAGUGAUGUCCCCCGGUGUCACAGAAUGUUAUUUCCUGUUAUCUCCAUGUAUGUUUCUUUUCUUCCUCUGUGAUAAUUUGGAGAUGUCCCCAAAAAGCAAUAUGUAUUUCUUGUGCGGAUAUAUUUAUUAGAAAGGCUCAUGAAAAGCGAAGAAGAAGAAGAAGAAUAGGAUGUUGCAGUCAGGCAGUUUUGCCAGCAUGGUGAUGGAAUAUUACAAACAAAGUGUUGUUUUAUUUAUAAGAAAAGAGUAUUUUUAUUGCUAUUUUGUUGUAAAGAGGAGAGAAUGUAUGAACUUGGAUUGUAUCAUGUCGUGGGAGCUAUACCUGAUAGGUGUUUAGCAUUUAAUUCAACGAACGGGGACAUUUUAACAGCUUGGAUGGAAAAGUGUUUUUUAAUAGAGGAAAAUGUUUGGUCAUGGCUCGAGUCCUUUCUAAAUUAAAUUGAGAUCAAUGUUUGCAAAUGGAAGUUUUCUGAAACUAAGUGUUCAGACAUUAAAGGGAAAACAUCAGAAAAGCCUUCAGAGAACACUUUCAAGUGCAAACCAGAAACUCUUCAGAACAAAACUGCAACCCGGCCCAACGCAAAUGUCAGAGAGAAUCAACUACUUUCAAAGAAGGAGUAAUUAUAUCAAACCUCACNCCCCCCACCUUUCCAAACCCCUCGUCUUAAAUCGUACUUUUGCCUAAGACUGUGGUGUAGGUAUUUCAUGAAAUUUGUCGAGACACCCUCGCCCCAAAAAGGAUGAUAAUUAUAUUCUGGAUCUUUAUGUUUUGCUCUUACUGUAUGUACAUUUUUGCUCAUGUUUACUGCAAACCAAGAUAGAGAAAUAAAUAAAUGUCAUUUAAGGGAA